AUGAUUCCUUCAGAGGAUCAUCACAAUAAUUCAAUUAAUACAGAAUCUCUCCAAAAUGGGGACCUGAGCCGAGCGAAUUUAUCAAUACAAAAUUUCCCCACAAACACCAACAAGCCAGAAACUGUCUCCGAUUUAGGUGAGGAAUAUGUUUCAAACGGUGGAGAAAGCCUUAACAAGAAGCCCAGAGUUGAGAGCCAAACUGAAACAGGCUCAGACAAUAAGACAACUUCUAAUUAUUUUAAUUUAGGGCAGUCUAAUAACUCACAGUGUACAUCGGCAGUAGAAGUUUCAACAGGAUCUACACCAGAAGCUUUAGAAUCUACAAAUCAAACAGAUAAAAUUAAUGUAGAAAUCUCAUCAUCUGCGGCAGUUUCUUCAAAUUCUGGGGUGGGCUCAGCACCGGUUCAAGAAGCUCCCCCGGAACCCCCAAAGAAGAGAGGAAGGGGACGUCCGAGAAUUAACAGAGAAGCUUUGGCAGCGGCAGCAGCUGCUGCAGCUGCUGCAAAUAACACAGCAGGUGGAACAGUUCAAAACAACAAUAUAAUUCAGAGAGAACCAAGCACUAGGAGAAAAGGAGCUGGUCUUGGAAGUUUGAUAGCGGCGGAGGUAAGCUCCAGAAGAUCUUUUGUAGACGAAGAGGAUGAGGAAGAUGAUGAAGAUUUUGAGGACGUAGAUUUACGUGCAGAAGGAGAAAACACUGAAAAUGAUGAAGGCGAGGAAUUACCCCAGCGAUUUGUAUUAACUCCGAUUGUUGAGAAGUUCCUUAAAAGGCGUCCUCAGAUGAGACAUAAGGAAAAGGAGGAGGGCGGUGACCAUGAAAAAGGAAGAGAUGGUCAUUCUACCGGAGAUGCUGCAACAGGAGGAAUUGAAGAGAGAGAUUUGGCAUCACCAUCAGCUAAAAGGAGAAUAUUAAACACUAAUACGAGUCAAAGACGCAUUCCAAGAGGAAAAAUUCCAUAUGAAUACUUGGUAAAAUACCAUCAUCAAAGUUAUUCUCAAUGUAAGUGGAUAAGUGAGGAUGAUAUAGAUAACGAUCCAGACCCGAAGGUUAGAAUAAAAUAUCUUAGAUAUGUUCAAAGACUAGAACAGAGAGGUGUAGAGGGAAUAGAUGCUACCGCAUAUAUUGAGGAUGUACCCGAAUUACAAUAUAUAGAUGGUGAUAUUGAACGGAUUGUUGAUUGUACUGAUGUUUUUAGGUCUCUCUAUCCAAUGAAGGCAGCAGAGAUUGGUAGGAAUGAGUGGUAUAUUUACUGUUUAAAGAUUAUUGAUGCUUUGGUAUGUUUUGAUAGAAAGGGAGUCAAAUAUGGAAUUCCAUUUUUACGUCCUGUUGAUCCAAAUAUGGACGGAGCUUCUGACUAUUAUUCUGUGAUUUCUCGUCCAAUGGAUUUCACCACAGUACAGACAAAGCUUUAUUUACGUAUAUAUUCUCAGCCUCAGGAAUUUUGGAGUGAUGUCCAGCAAAUCUUUACAAAUUGUUUCCACUAUAACUCUGUAGAUAGUGAUAUUUAUGUCCAAGGGAAGUUGUUAAAAGCUCUUUUUGAUAAGUUAUAUGGAGAAUGGGCCCUACUUUCAAGACAAACACAGGAGGAUCUUGUCAAGCAAAAGAGUGAAGAGUCUCCAAAGGAGUGGCUGGAUGAUCAGACAGUUACUAUAGAGACAGCAAUUCAACAUGUUACUUUUAGAGAUUUACUUGCCUUGCCAAAAAGACCUAUUAUGUAUUUUGCAAAAUGGAAGCAUCUUUCAUUUGCCGAUAAUACUUGGGAACAUGAAGUCGACAUUACUGAUAGUAGUAAAAUUCUUCAAUUUCAUCGUUUUGUUAGAGUCCCAGAAUAUAUCACUACAGCUCAUAAUGGCCCAGCAGCCAUAGCUUAUGAUCUUUACAAACGAAUGAUUUCUGAAACUUAUACCUAUAUUAGACAUACAUUUUCUUGGAUGAAUAACCAGUUUGGAAUGAAACUAAUAGCUCCCCAGGCUCCUGCCUACAUUACUCCAAACAGUGGAGGUGGAAACAAUCAGGAUUCUGAUGACUCAGACGAUGACAACCAUGUCCCAUAUGCCACUAAAAAGAAGUCUAAGAAUAGGUAUUCUAUUAGAACUUAUGUUCCAACAACAUUUUCUAAUCUUCCACAGCUAACAAGUGCAAUUUCUAUUUAUGGCCAUCAUCAUAGCAAUUACCAACCUUCACAACAAAAUAGAAGUAUCUAUGGACAAAGGCAACAAAACUACGGAGGGCAUCAGAAUUUACAAAGACAAUUCCCGAGCCAAAAUUUGGGUAAUUCUUCGUCUUCGUCUUCCAACAUGGCUCAAAUCAACAAGAUUAUUGACAGCAGCCUUUUAGAUGAGAUUAAGGUUGGUUCUGACGGGACUAUGAAUAAGAAUGCCAUAGCCGCAACUCAAAAGCUAUUACAAAUGAUCACAGCAAACAAUUCUAAUGCAGCUAACGCUUUGAGCAUGGCAAUGAACAACCCAGCAGUAGCCGGACUCGUUGGAAAGCUCCUCCAAAAUAUCAAUCAAAACAACUCACAAAACCAAGUUAAAAGUGAUCCAGAGAGCUCUCAAACUUCACCUGCAUCUGUUUCUGGUUGUAGCUCCUCAACACAAGUAAUACCAAACAAUUCUUCCAUUCCUAUCAACAACGCAAUUUCUGUUCCUGGGAAUGUUAUUGGUACUGGUACUGUUACUAGUGCUAGUGCUAGUGCUAGUGCUAGUGCUAUUGCUAGUAAUAAUGCUACAUGCAAUAUUAGCAAUAACAAUGGUACACACUCUGGUAUACCCUCUGACUCAUCUAGUGGUUUCAAUUGUAAUAAUAUGGUGAUUACACCCAACCAGGGAGUAGAAGCUAGAGGUAAACAUAUAGUUCCUGGAAAUUAUAACAGCGAAAGUAACAUAUCGAUGCAAACUUUUUCCAAACACAACCAUAAUCAGUGGGGCGGUUCCAGUAUUAAUGAUAGCAAUUCAGUGAACAACAGCAAUGGGAUUAUAACCAAUCUAUGCGAAAAGCCAAAUAAUAGUUUUACAGAACCCAAACCACGUGUUGAAAUGAACAAUUUUGACUACACAAUCCCAAUUGACCAAAUUAGAAACAAUAGCAUUAGUAAUCAUCAAAGUAAUCAUGCAAGUUACGUGUCAAAUACUUUAGGCGGCAACCCCACACAAUCAGGUGCCUUAACACCUGACUGUGUAGAAGAAAAUAUUAAUAGAGGAGAAGCAUAUAUAAUCCGAGAUGACAGAAUAGCAGGAAGUCCAGGUGUUGAAAAUCCUGGAGUUGGAAUAAGUGGAGAAGGAAUGUUGAGCUUUGGACAGGGUGGAGCUAUUGGACAGGGGAAAGGCAUGAUAAUAGACCAAAAGGAGAAUUAUAACAUAGUAUCAAGUUCGAUUGCAGACCAUCACGAUAACAAUGGGUGUGACACCAUGGCAAAAACAAUUAACGAAACUGAUUUGUUUUUCAAUGUGAGUGGGGACAAUCCUGAUGCAAUAAAGGGUUUGACAUCUGCUGAUGAUUCAAAUGCUUCUUUGUGUGAUGGGGAAGUAAAGUUAAGUAAAAAUAGUUUAGAACUAAUGGUUUUCGGAAAUGUCGAAAUACCUUCUAGUAUGGAACUUUAUGAAAAAUUGGAGUUAGAAAAGUUUUGUGGGAUGGUGGCUCUGAGGAACGACUCACAAAACAAAGAGAAUGAGGAAAUUCUUUCAUAUAGAGUUCUGGAUAACUUCCAGGAUUUUUGCGAUGGUAUAGUUUGUAAGGAAGAUAUUGAGGUCACAACAAAAGAUAAUGGUACUAAUGCUUGUAUUCAAGCAAAAGCUGAAGGAAUCUCUGUGUUGGGAGAUAUUUCCUCUAAUAAUAGUCAAGUAAAAGUUAAGAUGGAUGAAAGUGAAAAGAGUUUGAACAAUAUGACUGAGUUAAAAAAUGAUACAAACAGUGAGAAUGUUGUAACUGAAAAUACAAACAAUCCAAUGGGUCUUGCUAGCUUACUUGCAAAUAAUAAGAUUGCAGAUCUAUACUGUAGCCAAAAGCGUCCUCCCCCACCUCCCCCAGGAGUUUCUCGUCAUUACCCAGUUUCUCCAAUUUUCAAAAAUGGUUACCAGCUUUUUGAUUACCAAUUGGCAGGUCUAAACUGGCUGCUACAACUUUGGUCUGAAGGUAGAAAUGGUAUUUUAGCAGAUGAAAUGGGGUUAGGAAAGACAAUGCAGACAAUGUCAUUUGUUUGGCAUUUGGUUUAUAAAGAGAAACUUAGAGGUCCCUUUUUAGUAGUUGCUCCACUUUCUACUUUGGAUCAUUGGAAAAGAACUUUUGAAGAUUGGACUGACCUUAAUGUAGUUUCUUAUUAUGAUGAGGGUGGGAGAAAUGGUCGAGACCUACUUCGUCAUUAUGAAUUUUACCAUCAAUGCCUUCAAUUUGACAUGAGAGGAAGAGGGAGAAGUAGUAGCUAUAAUAGUUUUGGUGGUAAUAUGAAACAUUAUGGCUAUACUAAUGAACCUCGUCUAGUACAAACUCAGCAUUAUAAGUUCCAUGUUUUGUUAACAUCUUAUGAAAUUCUUCUUGCGGACGCUGAUAUUCUCUGUACGAUGCCUUGGCAGUUUGUAAUUAUUGAUGAAGCUCAUAGACUCAAGAAUAGAGGCGCCAAAACAUUACAAGUUUUUAAGAGCAUUGCAUGCAGACACAUACUUUUACUUUCUGGUACUCCCGUUCAAAACAAUACAGAAGAACUUUGGCCUCUGCUGAAUUAUAUUGAACCCAUCAAAUUUGCAAGUAUUGAGGCUUUUACUCAAGAAUUUGGAGAACUCCAGACUAGUAGUCAAGUCUCCGCUUUACAUGAACUUUUACGCCCUCAUCUUCUUAGAAGAGUCAAAGAAGAUGUUAUGAAGGAAAUUCCUCCUCUAGAGGAGACCAUUAUUGAUGUUGAACUUACAACUGCUCAGAAAGCUUAUUACAGAGCAAUUUUUGAGAGAAACCGUGCUUUCUUAUGCAAAAAUGUGGGUUUGAGCGGGAAAAAGUCGGGAAGUAAUGCACCAAUACCUUCAUUAAUGAAUGUUGAAGUGGAAUUAAGAAAAUGCUGUAAUCAUCCCUUCCAGGUAGUUGGUGUAGAAGAGAGAGAGGUCGCUUUAUGUAAGACUUCAGAAGAAAGAUAUAAGAAGAUGAUAGAAUUAAGUGGGAAGAUGGUAUUAAUGGGUAAAUUAUUACCAAAACUCAAAGCGGAAGGCCAUAGAGUAUUAAUAUUUAGCCAGUUUAUUCAGACUUUGACUUUAUUAGAGGAAUUGGUGGAACAUCAUGGUUGGGGAUAUGAGAGACUUGACGGAAGUAUUCGUGGUACUGAUAGAACUGCUGCAAUUUCAAGGUUUAAUGCCGAAGAUUCAGAUAAAUUUGUAUUUUUACUUUCAACUAGAGCUGGAGGUUUAGGAAUUAAUUUAACAUCUGCUGAUACUGUAAUUAUUUUUGAUUCUGAUUGGAAUCCACAGAAUGAUGUUCAGGCCUGUGCUAGAGCACAUAGAAUUGGCCAAACAAGAGAUGUUAAAGUUUAUAGGUUAAUAACAGCAAGAACAUAUGAGGCUGAAAUGUUUGAAAGAGCUAGUAGAAAAUUGGGACUAAAUACUGCAGUAUUUCAUAAGGGUGCAUUCAGAGAGGAGAAUAAUUCUAGCUCUGGUAAUGGAAUUGGUACAAGUGGGGAACCAACAAAGCAAGAAAUUGAGGAUUUACUUAAACAUGGAGCUUAUUAUCUUUUAGAAGGAAGUGAAGCUUCAAGGCAGUUCCAAGAAAGUGAUAUAGAUGAAAUUUUGAGUAAAAAUUCUCGUUUAGUUAGAUACCAAUUAAGUGGUAAGAAUUCAUCAUUUAGCAAGACAAGCUUUAGAAGUGAUAAUGCACUUCCUGAUUUGGAUGUGAAUGACCCCGAUUUUUGGAAGAAAGUACUAGGCGAUAGUAGUGUAUCAUCAUUCUUGGUCCAGUUACAAAGUGGUAGUGCUAUUAGGGAUGAUGAAAGUAGGGAAAAGUUUAUUCAAGACCUUGCAGAUGCAGUCGACGGAGCUGCAGCUUUGGAUAGUUUAGAUCCAUUAAUUGAGGCUUUAGUCCAGGUUACAAACAUGAGAGAGUUUUCUGAAUUACAACGUCAAAAGGCUGAGGAUUUGCUUGCUAAUGUCCAGGACAUUGUUAAAACUUUGCAACCAAAUAAUGAAAAUGUUGAUGAAAAUGAGGAAGAAGAUAACUUAGAGACUGAUGGGAGAAGUAAAUCUCGUAAAAAAUCAAGAAGAACUACUAGAGCUAAGGAGUUUACAAUUGAUAAUUAUGUUCUUGAUGAGUAUAUUGAUGGAGAUAUGGGAGAUUCUGUUGGUGGGUCAGGCAACCAUAUUGAUGGAAGAGGUAGAAAACCAAAAGGAAAGAAAGGUGGAGGAAGGAAAGGUAAUGCUUCAGCUUCUGGAAAGUAUAACAAUUUUGACGUUUCUGAUGAAGAUGAUGAUGAUUUAAAUGAUGAGUCUUUUGAGCCUGUCAAGUCAACUAAGUCUAGAGAGAAGAAAGGCGGUGGAAGAGGAAGAGUUAAUUCAUCCAAAACUUCUGCAAAUAUUAAGGUAAUAGGAACAGGAGGUAACAAUAGUGGUGGUGAGCAAGAUGCUGAUCAGUCUUUGACAGAAGCAUUAGCAGAGGGAGUAGCCAUACAGUCAAAUGGAACAAGACAAUCAAGAAAGAGAAAGUCAACUAAUUCCAAUAAUUCAAAUAAUGGAGAUGAGAUACAUGAGGAGAAAGAGCAAACUUCAAACAAUUCUCCUGCUAAUAAUACCGUAGCAAAGAGAAGAAAUAGAAGAGAUUCUGCUGCUGCCAUGCUUGCCUUACUUACUGCAGAAAUUGCAAAGGAUGAAGAUGAUAUUGACGAUGAUGAAUUAUAA